CAAGCGCAGGACGCAGGCGCGCAGUCAGAAAACACGAGACUCUAGGCUGAGGACGCCGUGAGGGUCUGAGCUGUAGACCUGAGGAAGGAUGGAGGCACUGAAGGUGGAAAAGUUCACGACCGCCGACCGGGGAAACGGGCUGCGCGCCGUGGCCCCGCUGCGUCCCGGGGAGCUGCUCUUCCGCUCCGACCCCUUGGCGUACACUGUGUGCAAGGGGAGUCGUGGCGUCGUCUGCGAUCGCUGUCUCCUGGGGAAGGAAAAGCUGAUGCGGUGUUCCCAAUGCCGAAUUGCCAAAUACUGCAGUGCCAAGUGCCAGAAAAAAGCUUGGCCGGACCACAAGAGGGAAUGCAAAUGUCUUAAAAGCUGCAAGCCCAGAUAUCCACCUGACUCUGUGAGACUUCUGGGCAGGGUUAUCGUCAAGCUUAUGGAUGAAAAACCCUCAGAGUCAGAGAAACUUUACUCAUUUUAUGAUCUGGAGUCCAAUAUUAACAAACUCACUGAAGAUAAGAAGGAGGGCCUGAGGCAACUUGCAAUGACAUUUAAACAUUUCAUGAGAGAAGAAAUACAGGACGCGUCACAGCUGCCGCCUGCUUUUGACCUUUUUGAAGCCUUUGCAAAAGUGAUCUGCAACUCUUUCACCAUCUGCAACGCGGAGAUGCAGGAGGUCGGCGUGGGCCUGUACCCCAGUAUGUCUUUGCUGAAUCACAGCUGUGACCCCAACUGCUCGAUUGUGUUCAAUGGGCCCCACCUCUUACUGCGUGCAGUGCGGGAAAUUGAGGCAGGAGAGGAGCUCACCAUCUGCUACCUGGACAUGCUGAUGACCAGUGAGGAACGCCGGAAGCAGCUGAGGGACCAGUACUGCUUCGAAUGCGACUGUAUCCGAUGCCAGACACAGGACAAGGACGCUGAUAUGCUAACGGGUGAUGAGCGAAUAUGGAAGGAGGUCCAGGAGUCACUGAAAACAAUUGAAGAGCUGAAGGCACACUGGAAGUGGGAGCAGGUUCUGGCCCUGUGCCAGGCGAUCCUGAACAGCAACUCUGAGCAGCUUCCCGACAUGAACGUCUACCAGCUGAAGGUGCUCGACUGCGCCAUGGAUGCCUGCAUCAACCUGGGGAUGCUAGAGGAGGCCCUGUUCUACGCCAUGCGCACCAUGGAGCCGUACCGGAUUUUUUUCCCUGGAAGCCAUCCCGUUAGAGGUGUGCAAGUGAUGAAAGUUGGCAAGCUACAGCUCCACCAAGGCAUGUUUCCCCAAGCCAUGAAGAAUCUGAGGCUGGCCUUUGACAUUAUGAAAGUGACCCAUGGCCGAGAACACAGCCUGAUUGAAGAUUUGAUUCUUCUCCUGGAAGAAUGUGAUGCCAACAUAAGGGCCUCCUAAGGACGCCCAUGGGGACAGGGGAGGUGGCGCGCCCUUCAUCGAACGCCUUACUGAGGUCGCACACUCGGUGAUGUCUGCUGUG